AUGUUUCGAGCUUCUUCGUUAUCAUCACAAAUUCAUACGAGAAAAUUCUUACUGGCUAAUUUAUCUCGUAAUAUAUUACAAAGUAAUUUACAUAGAGAUAACAAGAAUUCGGAGGUAAUUCCAAUACGAACGAAUUACACAUCAAGUACCAAUUCACAAAUAUCAAAUUUGGAAAAAUGUACACUUGCAGUUUCAUCAGCAUUAACAGCAUUUUGUGAUCCCGGUAGAGGAGACAUGAUAGCGACAUUGGGAGAAACAACAGGAUCGAUAUUUAUCAAUAGAAUGAGAGAUCACAUGUUACGAGACAAAACGGGACGAAGGAUUCUACAGGAACGUCCACGAAUCCAUUCAAGUACGAUAGACAUACCAUAUUUAAGUUCUUUACCAUUAGGUACAUUUGGUAAAGAAUACACAAAUUUCUUAGAUGGACAAAAUGUAACACCAGAUACAAGAGUUAAAGUACAAUAUAUUUAUGAUGAUGAAUUAGCUUAUGUUAUGCAAAGGUACCGAGAAUGUCAUGACUUUUUCCAUGCUUUGACCAAAUUACCCGCUAAUGUUGAAGGUGAAUUGGCAUUAAAAUGGUUUGAACUUGCUCAAACUGGAAUGCCUAUGACUUUAUUGAGUUCUAUUUUUGGUCCUUUAAAACUUUCUUCAAAGGAAAGAGAGAGAUUGUUUAAAAAAUAUGUUCCUUGGGCUCUACAAUGUGGAUCUCAAUGUAAAUUUUUGUUGAAUGUUUAUUACGAAGAACAUUGGAAUAAAAAUAUUGAUGAAAUGAGAAAUGAGCUUGGAAUUUAUCUUGUAGAUUAA